AUAGCACAGCACCAGAUGGGCGGGUGGGCGUGGGCGUGGGCGUGGGUGUGCGUGUGGGUGUGGGGGUGCGUGGCGGAGGUGGGGGCGGGCGUGGGGGUGGGCGCGGUGAAGCUGGCGGAGGAGGAGGACUGUAAGGAGGACAUUAGGACCAUUUGUAAGGACGAGGCCAGGAGUAACUUUGCCGUGCUGGAGUGCCUACAGAACGAGAGGAGAGACUUGCAGGAUGUGGUCAGCAACAAGUGUAAUCAUCUGCUGUGGAACUACAAGAUGAACCUGACUCGCAGCGGCCGGAUUGAGGAGCUGGCCAAGGGUGUGUGUGAGGAGGAACUGAAGAACCAGGACUGUCGGCCGGGUGUUGAGCCAGGACACACCAUCUCCUGCAUGACAGAAAAGCUCAAUGAGAUAAAGAAUGAGCGCUGCCGUCAGUACCUUAUCCGUCUUGCCGCCAUUGUGUUCAGUGACUUCCGUUACGUGAAGAACAUGGUUGACAACUGCCAGGAGGAGAUACAGAACUUCAAGUGUGGCCGUGUGGAGGGGACGGGUGCCGGUAUGAGGGGCCAGGGGAGCGCCGGGGAGGAGGAUGAGGCACCCCCACCCAGAUAUGUGCACUCCCAGGGGGCCACGAUUGAGUGUUUGUCUGUGCACGCGAACCAGCUUGGCGAGGCGUGCCAUAAGCAGAUUCUGAGACUGGCAGAGCUCCAAUCAGACGACUUCCACCUGGACCGCCCGCUGUUCUUCUCCUGCCGUGAGGACCGGGAGAAAUUCUGUGGCAAGGUGCGGAGCGGCGAGGGACGUGUGUACAAGUGUCUCAUCAAGCACAAGACGGACCGUGGCAUGAGCAAGGAGUGCGCCGAGCAACUGUCAAGGCGUCAGAAGCUCACAGUGCAGGACUACAGAGCCAACAGGGGCAUUGUGAGGGCAUGUCGCAGUGCUAUCCAGGAGAACUCAUGCAGGAAGGGAAGCUCCAAUGAUGUGCAUGACGUCAAGCUGUCCAAGAUCCUGCUCUGUCUGGAGAAUGCACUGCGGAAAGGCGCCAACAUAGACGGAUCCUGCCGUGACGAGAUGCUGGCCCACCGCAGACAAUUGAUGGAGGACUACAAGCUGUCCCCGGACCUGGUGGUGGCGUGUCAAAGGGAGCUGGACCAGUUGUGUCACGGCGGCAUGGUGUCUGAGGGCGGCGGGAGGACUCUGCACUGUCUGAUGAAGCAUGCACGGUCACACAAGACUGGCAGGAAGAGAGUUACUGAUGAGUGUAAAAGGGAGCUGGAGAAGGUGGUGAAGGAGACAGACGCUGGGGAAGAUUGGCGUGUGGACCCUGUCUUACACGAAGCUUGCCAUGCUGUUGUCGACUCUUCUUGCAAGGAUGUUAUGGGGGGCAAUGCAAGGGUGAUGCGGUGUUUAAUGCGACACCUGGAGACACCGGAGAUGACGUCAGGGUGUGAGGCGGCACUGCUGGAAAUACAGUACUUUGUCUCCCGGGACUGGAAGUUGGACCCUCAGUUACAUAAGGCGUGUGUGGAGGACGCUACAAGACUCUGCCGCGCCAAGAAGGACUGGGCGGAAAACUCUGCAGAAGGGGUCCAAGUGCUUCCGUGUCUCUUCAGAUAUGUGUACCAUCCCACUGCUGAGCUCAGGCUGAACCCGAUCUGUGGGCAGGAGGUGCAGAGGGUGAUGCAUGAGAGGGCCUCCUAUGUGGACCUGCACCCUGAUAUAGAGAUGGCCUGCAUGGAACACCUGGCCCAGCUCUGCUCCCAAAACACUGGACCCAAGGAAGAAAUGACGUGUUUGCAGGAUAAUCUGGAGAAGCUGGGCAGGGAGUGCAAGGAGGUGGUCAGCAACUACACAGAGGCCGAAGCAAAGGAUGUCAGGCUGAACUCAGAUGUCAUGACCCACUGCUCUGUUCCUGUCACCAAGAUGUGCUCGGAGGUGGCCCAGCAGCGGGGGGGUGAGGGGGACACCACGCUAAUGGACUGCCUCAUCCGACACAAGAACUCUGAGGCCAUGCAGGGACAACUCAAGUGUCGCAUUGUGAUUGAGCACUUCCAGUUGCUGAGUAUGAAGGACUACACAUUUAGCCCCAAAUUUCGAGAGGCUUGCCAGGGAGAUGUGGCGUCCCUUUGUAGCAGAAACAAGCCCAAGAAUAAAGCUGAUGUGAUAGAGUGUCUGAGUGGUCAUGUUCGCAAUGCUGUGCUGCGCGACAUCACACACCAAGUCAGCAGGCAGUGUCGACAACAGCUGCGCCAACAAUUGCUGCAACGUCAUGAGGACAUUCGCCUGGAUCCUAUGCUGCAAAAUGGGUGUAGCAGGGAUAUCGCCAAGUUCUGCAAGGGUGUGGCAUUUGGCAGGGGUGCGGUCCUGGAGUGCCUGCGGACCCACAAGGCGAACAUCAGCAUACAGUGUCACCGCCGGCUGUUUGUGAGGGAGCAGGAGGAGCUACAGGACCCAGGGACAGAUGUGGUGCUGAUGGCCGCGUGUAGGCAAAUGGUUGACCGCUACUGUCAUGAUGUCAACUCAGAGAAACUGCUGCAGUGUCUUAAGAGCAACAAGGAGGCGCUGAAUUUUGAGGGUGGGUGCAGGGCGGUGGUGAUGAGGCGUCUCGUGGAGCAGACCACCGACACUCGCCUCAACCCUGACCUCCUCCGGGCCUGCAGACACGACAUGGCCAAGUUCUGCAGCGGCCUGUUCGAACGAGCCAAUGCAUCCAGUGUGGAGCUCAAUGGCCUGCUGACAGAGUGCCUUAAGGAGCAGCUGCCGACACGCAAGCUGAGUACUCCUUGCCGCAGCCGUGUGGUGUCGCUGGCCCGCACUGCAGCGCUCAACUACCGCAUGGACCCCAUACUGGUGGAACGCUGCCGGUCUGAUAUGAAUGUACUGUGCCAGAACGAGGCAGACAACCACAUGGAGGAGUGUCUCAAGUUGGCCUUCCAGCAAGAGAAGCUCCGAUCUGAGAAGUGUCGCCUGCACCUGGCCCACAUCAUCGAGACACAGCGUGCCGACCUCUCUGCCGACCCAUUCCUCAACCAAGUGUGUGGCGUGGAUGACAACAAGUUCUGCACUGGCAUGGAGAGCGGAACACAUUUCUCAUGCCUUUUGGAUGUGCUGGACCGCAACCCCCAGGGCCUCAACUCAGAUUGUCGAGAGGCAUUGAGGAAGAGGCAGGAGAUGUACAGUGCUGCCAUCAAGAUGACCAACAUUGGGUCGAUGAGUGAUCUGGUGCGGCACGUCAACGCCUCGACGGAGAGGACGUACCUGCUGGUGGUGCUGUUUGUGUUGGUGGGCGCCAUCUUCAUCGGGGGCCUUUUCUGUGGAAGGGUCACCAAGCGAACCAAGUUUCUCAAGGAUAGAUAAAAGAUUGUUGGUCCCUUCUCCUUUUCCCUCCUCCUCUUUCACUCUCUGCCUUGCUUAUCCCUGCCUUUAUCCUCACCGUUAUCCUUUUGUUUUUAUUUUCCUCUAUUUCUCUUUUAAUUCUUUUUCUUUUUGUUUUUCUCUUCCUCUGUUUCUCUUUUAAUUCCUCUCCUUUAUCUUUUUCUUUUCUCUUCACCUAUUUCUUCUUUA